AUGUCGCUACCUCCCCCGUCUGAUCCUGCCGCAGCUGCGGCGCAGGCUGCUUUUUAUAAGUUUUCCAUUGAAGCAUGGUCACUUCUUGGAGUUGCGUUUCUGGUGACCAUUAUUAGAACGUAUGUUCGAGUAAACACCCUGGGUUUUAAGAGCCUUCAACUUGACGAUUACUUGGUUUGGGUUGGUGUAAUAUUCUACGCCAUUGAGACUGCGCUCGCAUAUUCUGUUGGAAGCAUAGCAAAUGGGCUUGCCAAUAAUGGAAUGACUGACAAGCAGCGGGCUGCUCUGUCCCCCGACAGUGCGGAAUACCGCCUGAGGGUUCUUGGUUCCAAAAUCCAGCUGUGUGGGUGGUCAACGUACGGAACUUUGCUCUGGUCGCUCAAGUCGUCAUUGUUGGUGCUUUAUAGUAGAUUAACGUUCGGUCUGAAACGUUCUUAUCGGAUCCGGAUAUAUAUUGGGUUCUGCUUCAUCAUUGCCAGCUGGAUGAUAGUACUAAUGAACCUCUUCCUCGCAUGCCGUCCCUUUCAUAAAUAUUGGCAGAUUUAUCCAGAUCCAGGAAAUGUCUGCCAGCCAGCCAUAUCCAACCAGAUAAUUUGGGUCUUUCUCGGAUUCAACGUUGCAACUGAUUUGUACUUGCUCUAUAUACCCAUUCCUAUGCUCUGGCAAUCGAGCAUAAAGCCCCUGAAGAAGAUUGGAUUGAUGCUUUUAUUCAGCGGAGGAUUGCUCGUCGUGGGCUGUGCUAUUCUGCGUGUUGUAAUGAUAGUAAUGGACCCAAUCAAUGGUGCACAAUCUGCCGGCUCGUGGGCAGUCCGUGAAACUUUCAUUGCGGUAAUCAUGACGAACAUGCCCAUGAUCUUUCCUCCUAUGAAGCGCUGGACAACGUCCACCUUUGGCUCUCUCAUCACCUUAACGCGUUCGAGCAGAAAAGAGAAUGAUGGAACACCAAGGGAGUUGGGAACAUUCAGUAGCGGUGACUAUAAUAGUGGUCAUAAGCGAGACCGCGGUCCCCCAACCGCAAACCCGAUACCAAACAAAACUUUCACCGAGAGCGAAGAGCGGAUGAUUGACGAGUACAAGAUGCAGAAUAUCAAAAAUAAAGACAAUGGUAUUAGCUGCAGUAAUAUCGAAUUACCCCCGCACGCUAUCAUCAGCAAUAACAUCCAGAAAAGUGUCGAGUUCACUGUCGUUAGUGAGCAAAACACGCCUAACGACCAACGUCCCGUCCCUGGAGAUGGGGAUAGCACAAGACCACAUGCUGAUUUCGCCUUCUCUACUGUACCUACGGCGAAGAACUCUCCGGCUAGCGAUAUUGCCGCUUUGCAGGGUUAUGGAUGA